AUGUCUCUACUGCACUUUGGCGCACGAAAGCUUCUCUUCACGUGGCAACUUUUUUGGCUGCUGGCCCCAGCUGUUCCCAUUCCAGAGUUCACUGGAAAUCCAGUCCAGUUGACUUCAGAGUCCUGGGUGCCAACCAAGCUCUGGUCUUGGCACCCUUCUGAUCAUCCACCUAAAGCUGCACAUACUCGAAUAUCCAAGACAGAAGCAGGGGGCGUUGAUCACCUGGGAUCCUCUGUUUCCACAGAGAUGUUGUCCCCACUUGAGGAGUUGACUGACAGUUUACUUCCGUUCCAGGACCCUAGUACUUUUCGGGAGCUGAACCCAGAGUCCGAGGAGCUCGUUUCCCAUAAGGAUCUGACCGACAAGCUGAUACCAACUGGGAAGCAGCCAGGGAAUAAUUUAAUGCUAAGUGGGGAUCAAAAUCAGGCUUCCACUCUGCCUUUAGAGUUCAAAAGUACUGCCAGUCUAGUUGGGGCUGCAGAUAAUCAGUUGUAUGAUAUACUUGUUCCAACACUAGACAGCCAGAGUUCAAAAGCAACAACGUUCAUUGUUUCACCCAAGGAGCUGAAGAAAGAUCUAGCUCAGCACAAGAAACCUGCUAAAGUUGUUGGAAAACCUCAAUUUCAGAAACAAAUCAUGGAUGAUUAUUAUGAAGAUCUGACUAUGAAUAAACCUCAUUCUUAUAACCUUCCUCUACAAUCCCAGGAGAAUGCAGGUGAAGCUCCUGAGCUCUUAGAGCAAGUUGAACUCAAUCAGAUGGGGACACAAACUCGAAAUCCAGAGAACUUCCAGCAGGAAGCUCCAGAUUAUUUCUCACAGUCCCCUGAGGAAGAUGAACCUUUAAUUCAAAAAGAAGACUCAGCUCACCAUCAACUCCAUUAUACUUUGCCCACUAUUACAGGUAAGCCUGUAGAUACAGAACUUAAAAUAACUUCUGAGCCUAUAAAGGAGGUUGAGUCAUCUCCAUAUGAGGAGGAGACUCCAACUCAGACUCCAGGUCCUCUUGUUGGAGCUGAACUUUAUCUUAGCCAGCAGCAGCAGCCAGCUAAACCUUCUGAGACUCCUGAAGAAGGUGAAUCUUCUGUAAUUGAUCUGGAGUCUUCAGUUCAACCCCAAGAGGAUUCAGAGGCGUUAGGGCCCUUACCAACUCAACAGGAAGAUCUAUCUCAACAUUUAGGCCCUGUUUUGGAGGAUGAAUCUUCUCUCAGUGAACUAGAGCAACCACUUCAACUUUCUGAGUCUCCUGAGGAGGUAGGAUCAGGUUCUGAAAACCAGCCAGAAGCUUCAGUCCAGCCUACAGUGCUCCCUCUAGCCGAACAAGAGGCUCCAUUUGGAGCUCCAGAGUCCCCUAUUGAGACUGUAGUUGAAACUUCACCAAUUCAUGAAAUCCAGCCAACUCAAAAUGAAGAUUACCAAUAUCACUUGCCAAAUGUUACAGUUAGACCUGUGGCUGUGAUGCUUACUAUAACUUCAGAGCCUAUCAAGGAGAUUGACUCUUUUCUGGUCCAGCAGGAAUUCCCAGUGCACACUUUAGAGUAUUCUAAUGAUAUUGAACCCUUCCUCAAAGAGGAGGAGCCUCCAGCUCAGGUGUCUGAGUCUCUUGGGGAGAGUCAGUUUGAAAGUCAGCUGGAAGUACCAGUUCAAGCCUCAGAGUAUGAUGAAGAGUUUAAAAGUUCUGCAGCUGAACAACUAGCUCAAUUUCCAGAGAAUCAUGAAGUGACAGUUUUUCCCUCAGAUCGCUAUCCGGCUCAGCAAUCUAGCUUGUCAGAUGUGACUGGUCAACCUUCAGAUCUGGAUAUUACCAUAACAGAAAACCCCAUAGAGAUGGUAACUUCUGUCUAUCAUGAUGCUGCAGCAGCUCCUGAAGAGGUUGAAUUCCUGAUAAAUCAACAGGGUGUUCCAUCUCAAUCCCUAGAACCUAUUUUGUAUGAUAAACCUUUAAGCCAGCAGGAAGACACAACUGGAAUAUCACAGAUAUCUGAGGAAGGAGAAUCCUUUCCAGCCCAACAGGAGACUCUAGACCAUAGUCUAGAGAUGUCUACUGAAGAGAUAGCUCAACCUCCAGGUCACCAUGAGGUAACAGGUUCACCCCUAGGUCAUGGCCAAGUUUAUUCUCCAACAUCACAGAAUAUCCUAACUCAGUAUCCAACUUCCCCAGAAGAGGAUCAGUAUUCUCCAGUUGGUCAAGGGGUUCCAAACCAACUUGAAGAGCUUUCUGUGGAACCUUCUCCAAGUCAGCAGAACUCAGCAUGGCCUUCAGUGACAGACAUGUUUCUUUCACCUGCAGAUCUAGAGGCAAUAUUCAGAGCUACACAUUCAGAAUCAUAUAAAACAACCAUUAAACAUGAGGAUCUAGUCCUUAGCAUAACUCCAGAGCCCUCUAUGGAGGAUGGAUCUAUUCUGUUUCCACAGGAGGACCUACUUCAGCCUAUAGAUUCCACUGAGCAAGGUGAAUUUUCACAUAUCAAGACCAGUGCCCUUUCAAAACCUCCAUAUUUCUCCAACACCGAAGCUCUAUCCUUCCAAGAGGCCAUAGCUGAGACAACACACAACUCUAAACAGGUGGAUCUUUCUUCAAUGUAUCAGGAAGCUCCAGAACUACCUCCAGGUCACACUAGGGGAUUAGGACCUUCUCUAUAUCAGCAGAUUACCCAAUCUCAUCUCAAAGGCCUCCAUGAGAAUCUGAAACUAUUUCCAGUGUUAAAGCCCACUGCAGCUCAGGCCUUAAAACCUUGGAUGGGAACAUUUUCUCUAAUCCAUAACAUUAUUCCACAUUACCCUCCAAAACCACUGAAAAAUAUGGCAACUCAUAUUCCAGGACACAAAAUGACAGUUCCAAGACCAGAUCAGGAUCAAGGUGAAUAUGCAAUAUCAUCUAAUGGUUCAUUUCAAUCUUUGGACCUGGAAGUUACUGUAACUUCAGGAAUUACUCCAGAGGAUAAGCAUAUACUACCAAAUAGAACUGUAAAUCCACAGACUAAUUCUCAAGUGAAAAUCCCACAUUCACAGCAUGUUGAGACUCAGCAUUCAAACCCAGCUAAAACCACAGUUCAACCUUUGGAUCUGGAACUUGCCAUAAAUCUGCAACCUACUCCUAAGGAGAACUUUGCUCAAACUUUGCAGGAGACCACAACUCAGAUGACAGGGCCACCUAAAGAGGUUAUAGCUCAAGCUCCAGAACAUCAUGAGGGGAAAAUUCCAAUACCAACUCAGGAUCAAGCUGAGUAUUCAACUUCACCCACUGUCUCAUUUCAGCCAUUAGACCCAGAACUCACCAUAACUUCAGAGGCUACCAGAGAGCCUCAUCAUCCUUCAGUUCCACAGCAGACUAUAAUAGUUUAUCCUCCAAAGCAACCUCUGGUGAUAAAUUCAGAACAAGUUUACACUCAGCCUCCAAACCCAACUGAAGCCACAGUUCAACCUUUGAAUUUGGAUUUGAACAUAACUUCACAACCUACUGCUGAAGGAGAACUUCCUCAAACUCUACAAGACAGCACAACUCAGAUUUUAGAACCACCUACAGUGGUUCUAGUUCCUGUCCCAAUCUAUCAGGAGGUGACAGUUCAAACAAGUCAGUAUCAAGCUGAGUAUCCACCUUCACCCACUGUCUCAUUUCAGCCCUUAGACCUGAAACUCACCACAACUCCAGAGGCUACAAGAGAGACUCACUAUCCUACAGUUCCACAGCAGACUAUAAUAGUUCAUCCUCCAAAGCACCCUUUGGUGAUAUAUUCAGAACAAGUUUACACUCAGCUUCCAAACCCAACUGAAACCACAGUUCAACCUUUGGAUCUGGAACUUAACAUAACUCUACAACCUACUGCUGAGGCAGAAAGUUCUCAAUCUCUACAAGACAACACGUCUCAGAUAGGCAUAGAGCCACCUAUAGAGGUUGUAGCUCUAGUCCCAAUCUAUCAGGAGGUGACAGUUCAAGUAUCAAGUCAGGAUCAAACUGAGUAUCCAACCCCAUCUACUGUCUCAUUUCAGCCAUUAGACCUGAAACUCACCAUAACUUCAGAGACUACCAGAGAGCCUCAUCAUCCUACAGUUCCACAGCAGACUAUAAUAGUUCAUCCUCCAAAGCAUCCUCUGGUGAUAAAUUCAGAACAAGUUCACAUUCAGCAUCCAAACUCAACUGAAACCACAGUUCAGCCUUUGGGUCUGGAACUUACCAUAACUCCACAACCUACUGCUGAGGGAGAACUUCCUCAAACUCUACAAGACAGCACAACUCAGGUCACAGAACCACCUACAGGGGUUGUAAUUCCAGUACCAGUAGAUCUGGAGGUGACAGUUCCAACACUAAGUCAGGAUCAAACUGAAUAUCCAACCUCAUCCACUGUCUCAUUUCAGCCCUUAGGUCUGGAACUUACCGUAACUCCAGAGCCUACUAGACAGGCUGAACAUUUUAUAACUACAAAGAAGACUACUGCGUUUCCUCCAAAGUACACUCAUAUGACACUUCCACAACAAGUUCCUGUUCAGCACCUAAAGCCAAUUGAAGGCAUAGUUCAACCUCUGGAUCUGGAAUUUACCAUAGCUCCACAACUUACUGCUGAGGGAGAACUUUCUGAAACUGUGCAGGAGAGCACAACGCAGAUUACAGAACCUCAUAAAGAGAUUGUAGUUCCAGUCCCUCUAUAUCAGGAGCUAAUAGUUCCACCACCAAGUGAGGAUCAAGCUGAGUACCGAACAUCAUUUCAACCAUUGGAUCUAGAACUCACCAUAACUUCAGAGCCUACAAAAGAGGCUUAUGAUUCUAAAAUUUCAAAGAAGACUGUAACAGUUCAUUUUCCAAAGAACCCUCUGGUGAUGAAUCCAGAACAUGUUCACACUCAGCAUCCAAACCCAGCUGAAGUCACAGAUAAACCUUUGGGUCUGGAACUUACCGUAAGUUCCAGUCGACAACCUACUGCUGAGGGAGAACAUUUUCAAAGUAUGCAAGAGACCACAACACAGAUUUCAGAACCACCUAAACAGGUUGUAACUCCAGGCCCAGAAUAUCAAGAAGUGGCACUUCAAGCACCUAUUCAGGAGCAAGCCAAGUAUCUACUUUCACCCACUGUCUCAUUUCAUACCUUGGACUUGGAACUCACUGUAAGUUCAGAGCCUCCUAGAGAAGCUCACCAUAUGACAACUCCAGACAAGACUAUGGUUCCUCUGCCAAAGUACCCUCUGGGGAUCUACCCAGGUCAUGUUCAUACUCAGCAUUUAAAUCCAACUGAUGUCACCAGUCAGCCUUUGAAUCUAGAACUUACUGUAAAUCCUCAACCUAAUACUGAGGAGGAACAUUCUCAAACUAUUCAGAAGAACACAAUUCAAAUUACAGAACCAGCUAAAGAAGAUGUAGCUCUAGCUCCAGAAGUUCAAGACAUGACAAUUCCAAUGCCAGUACUGGAACAAACUGAAGCUCCAACACCUCAAAGUAUGUCAUUGCAGUCUAUGGAUCAGGAACUCACACUACUUUCAGAUCCUCCUGAUAGGACUGACCACCCUCCAGAUCCAAAGGAGACUAAAAACGAUACACAAGGAAAGAUAUUCCUUCAUUAUGCAGAACCUCCAAUGGGAAUGGUAGUUGAACCACCAGAUCUGUUUUUUCUCACAACCAUACAAUCUAAACCUGUGCAAGAGACUACAACUGAAAUUACAAAAUCAACUAAAGAGGUUGCAGCUCACACCAUAGAGUAUAAGGAGGGAGUAUUUUCAGCUCCAGUUGAGGGUCAAGCUAAGUCCCCAACACUACCAAAUAUAUCACUACAGCCUUUGGAUCAGGAACUCACCCUAUCUUCUCAACCUUCUGGUUGGCCUCACCGCCCUCCAUAUCCAAAUGAGCCUGGAUACCCUACACCAGGAAAGAUUUACCUUCAUUAUGCAGAACCUCCCAGGGGAAUGGUGGUUGAACCUCCAGAUCUGUUUUUUCUCAAAACUACAAAAUCUAAACCUGCACAAGAGAAUCCAGCUCAGAUUCCAAAAUCACCUAAGGAAGUUGCAGAUCCCACCCUAGAAUAUAAGGAGGGGGUGUUUCUGGCUCCAGUUGAUCGUCAAGCUAAGUCUGCAACUCCACCCAAUAUGUUGUUACAGCCUUUGGAUCAGGAACUCACCCUAUCUUCUCAACCUUCUGGUUGGCCUCACCGCCCUCCAUAUCCAAAUGAGCCUGGACACCCUACACCGGGAAAAAUUUACCUUCAUUAUGCAGAACCUCCCAGGGGAAUGGUAGUUGAACCCCCAGAUCUGUUUUUUCUCAAAACUACAAAAUCUAAACCUGUACAAGAGACCCUAAUUCAUAUUACAAAAUCAUCCAAAGAGAUGGUACCUCAAAGUCCAGAAUAUAAGGAAGCUGUGCUUCCAGAUCCAGUUGAGGGUCAAGAUGAUUCCCCAACCCCACCCAAUAUGUCUUUACAACGUUUGGAUCAGGAACCUAUUAUAUCUUUUCAUCCUCGUGGACUAGUACAGGACUCUCCAAAUGCAAAGGAGACUAAAAAACAUACAUCAGGAAAGAUUUUCCUUCAUUAUGCAGAACCUCCCAGGGGAAUGGUGGUUGAACCUCCGGAUCUGUUUUUUCUCAAAACUACAAAAUCUAAACCUGGCCAGGAGAACCCAACUCAGAUGACAAAGUCACCUGAAGAGGUUGCAGCUCACACCUUAGACUAUAGGAAGAGGAUGCUUCUGACUCCAGAUGAGGGUCAAACUGAGUCUACAAUUCCAUUCAAUAUGUCAUUACAGCCUUUGGAUCAGGAACUUACCCUAUCUUCUCAACCUCCUGGUUGGCCUCACCACCUUCCAAAUCCAAAUGAGCCUGGACACCCUACACCGGGAAAGAUUUACCUUCAUUAUGCAGAACCUCCCAGGGGAAUGGUAGUUGAACCUCCAGAUCUGUUUUUUCUCAAAACUACAAAAUCUAAACCAGGGCAGGAGAACCCAACUCAGAUUGCAAAAUCACAUAAAGAGAUUAUAUCUCAAAGUCCAAAAUAUAGAGAUGCUGUGCUUCCAGAUCCAGGGGUGCUACUGGCUCCUGUUGAGGGUCAACCAGAAUCUGAAACACCACCCAAUAUGUCAUUACAGCCUUUGGAUCAGGAACUAACCCUAUCUUCUCAACCUUCUGGUUGGCCUCACCGCUCUCCCUAUUCAAAUGACCCUGGGCACCCUACACCAGGAAAGAUUUACCUUCACUAUGCAGAACCUCCCAGGGGAAUGGUAGUUGAACCUCCAGAUCUGUUUUUUCUCAAAACUACAAAAUCUAAACCUCAAAUUCCCAAAUUGACUAAGGAAGUUGCAGCUCCAACCCCCGCACAUGAGGAGGGGGGGCUUCUGGUUUCGGUUGAGCGUCAAGCUAAGUCUGCAAAUCCACCCAAAAUGUCAUUACAGCCUUUGGAUCAGGAACUCACCUUAUCUUCUCAACCUUCUGGUUGGCCUCACCGCCCUCCAUAUUCAAUAGAGCCUGGGCACCCUACACCAGGAAAGAUUUACCUUCACUAUGCAGAACCUCCCAGGGGGAUGGUGGUUGAACCUCCAGAUCUAUUUUUUCUCAAAACUACAAAAUCUAAACCUGGAUGGGAGACCCCACCACAGAUUACAAAAUCACCUACUGAGGUUGGAGGUGAAAUGCUAGAAUAUGAGGAUGGGCUACUUUCAGGUCCGAUUGAAGGUCAAGGGGAGUCUCCACCACCACCCAGUAUGUCAUUACAGCUUUUGGAUCAGGAACUCACCAUAUCUUCUCAACCUUCUGGUUGGCCUCAUCACCCUCCAUAUCCAAAUGAGCCUGGGCACCCUACACCAGGAAAGAUUUACCUUCACUAUGCAGAACCUCCCAGGGGAAUGGUAGUUGAACCUCCAGAUCUGUUUUUUCUCAAAACUACAAAAUCAAAACCUGCACAAGAGAAUCCAGCUCAGAUUCCAAAAUCACCUAAGGAAGUUGAGGCUCCCACCCUAGAAUAUAAGGAGGGGGUGCUUCUGGCUCCAGUUGAUCGUCAAGCUAAGUCUGCAACUCUACCUAAUGUGGCAUUACAGCCUUUGGAUCAGGAACUCACCCUAUCUUUUCAACCUUCUGGUUGGCCUCAUCGCUCUCCAUAUCCAAAUGAGCCUGGGCACCCUACACCAGGAAAGAUUUACCUUCACUAUGCAGAACCUCCCAGGGGGAUGGUAGUUGAACCUCCAGAUCUAUUUUUUCUCAAAACUACAAAAUCUAAACCUGGAUGGGAGACCCCAACACAGAUUACAAAAUCACCUAACAAGGUUGGAGGUGGAACUCUAGAAUAUGAGGAUGGGCUGCUUUCAGGUUCGAUUGAAGGUAAAGGUGAGUCUCCACCACCACCCAGUAUGUCCUUACUGCCUUUGGAUCAGGAACUCACCCUAUCUUCUCAGCCUUCUGGUUGGCCUCACCGCCCUCCAUAUCCAAAUGAGCCUGGGCACCCUAUACCAGGAAAGAUUUACCUUCAUUAUGCAGAACCUCCCAGGGGAAUGGUAGUUGAACCUCCAGAUCUGUUUGAUUGA